AUCUCGAGUGAUGCGUUACGUUUCUCCGUUCGGCGGACGCGCGCGAGAGUGACACACACGAGACACGCGUACGCGGGUGGCGAGACGCGUCUCGUCGCCACCACGACGAGAGAGGCCCGUGAGAGCGCUUCCGAUCGGGGACGAUCUCGUCGAAGGAUCAUCGAUCGUGUCGGAAAUCCCGUGGCCGUCCUAUUGGCGCGGCGGCAGCCGGUGGGUGACAGCGAGCUGUCACGGUGACAGUUGACGCGCGAUGUGGCGUUCCACGUGCGCGACGUCGGCCGCGAAUUUCGCGCGAGACACGUCAACGGGCGACGUCUGAGCGGCCGUGGUGCUUCCGCGAGGGAACUUUUAAGAGAAGAAGGCUCCGUCUCGCGACGGUCAUGUGAGUGACAUUUGUGCGUAACAGUCGCGGUAAUAUCUCGUUGCCCGAGACACGCGAGAACCGGAGCUUCCCGCACCGAGAACAAAAGACGGGAGAAUCGAAGACGACUCAACGCAACUUGUUUCGUCCGAGAUAACGCAAGUGGACACGCAAGUGUACAUCUCGUCUCGACUUGCCGAUUCGCACGCGCAUGCUCCACUUUGAAGUUUCGAUAAUCGCGAGCGUCGCGUCGUCUCGCACCGAACUUCAGUUCAUUCGCGACCGGGUCGUGUUGUCGGCGCGGCAUUGACUCUUUGACUAUGUGCGUUACGGCGGGAUUUUCGCGUUUUCUCGUAUUCGCGCGCGUUCACCGCAAUUGACUCUUGUGCAUUCUGUGUGUCUUCGUCGUGGGACAUUAUGGCACGAAGAAACUACGGCCUGCUGGGCACGCUGUUCUUCCUCCUGCUCUUCGCGGACGUGUUGAAAGGCGGAAAUGGUGACGUCGAGGAUGUGGAUACCGAUGUGCAGGACUAUAGCACGGACGAGGACUACAACGACGUUUUCGACUCGACCACUAACGGGACCGAUGUGGACGCUGCGUCUGGUACGAAAAGUGGCACUUUGAAAUUCGUGAGGACCUUGACAAACAUAUCGAAAGACGCGGGCGGCGUCGCCCAUAUGCGAUGUGAAGUCGUGGGCGAUCCACCUCCAACGAAAAUACGAUGGUUUAAGAACGAGGCGCCAUUAGAAGAGGACCGGCCAAAAAUCACCAUCAGGAAAAUACAUGCGCAAACGCACGAACACGCGGCGAAGAACGUGGCGGGAAGUCGAUUGAAAAUAACAAAUUUGGACGUUUCCGACGUUGGUUUUUAUACCUGUCGUGUUACUAACGGGAAGGACCAAAUUCAGAGCGAAGGGACCCUGCGAGUCGAUUCCUCGAAGAAAUGGCAAGCUCCUAUACAUCCUGCACACUCUAUAGGACAGCCAUCAGGCACCGAUAGAUUCUCCACGGGAAUGUCUGGCCCUGGAUUUGUUGACGGGAGCAUGGGAAAUGCAGACAUGUUGGACAUCUCAAGCAAUGGGAUGUCUACACCUCACAUCUCUCAUCUAGCAUCCGCGAAUCCCUUCAGCAUACUUUCGCCAAGUCCACAGCCAACUAGCUCACAAUCCAGCACCAUGGAUUUUAAUACAAUCGGCGGCCUUACUAAUGGCAAUAUGCAAUUCCCUCCUAAUGUGAAUUUUGAUGAAAUAUCAGGCAUAAGUUCAAUUCCAAACAGAAAGGACAAUCAUAAAGGGACUUGCGAGGUGUAUAUAGGAAAAACGUGUGCCCAGUUUGUAGGAAACCAGUCAGUUUACAUUAUAUAUCCCAUGACGCAGAAAAUGCUCGAAGAUAAAUUAAUGAAGGCAUUUCAAGUUAUCAACUUCUCAAACGAGCUGUCCUCAAAUUGCGAAGGAUACGCGAAACCGUCUCUUUGUUAUUCGGCCUUUCCUAUAUGCCGCGACCAGUCUAACAAUCAAAAGCCCAAGAACACAGAGGCGAGUACGCAGCUAUUCAACCUUCUGAACUCUAAGCAGGAUGACAUCCUGGACGAUGGGGAUCGCGACGAUGUAGACGACUUUGCGCGACUGCACGGAAUUCCUAAGAAACGUAGCCCAACAUCGGGCCCGGUUUUCGACUUCAUACCCAACGAGGACGGCAAGUCGUACAACAAGAAAAUAAUCAAUCAGAGCUACGGGGACACGCGUUCAGCCGGCCGAAACGAAAUCAAUCGUAAAUUACGAAGGAUAUGUCGGGAGGAGUGUGAAAUGCUGGAGAACGAAUUGUGUAGGAAGGAAUACGCGAUAGCGAAAAGGCAUCCAUUAAUCGGGCAUCAAGUGCCUUUGGUUGAAUGCUCCGACUUGCCACUAAAGGGGACGACGGAGGCUCGCGAUUGCUUAACGCUCGGGUUAUCCGCGGCGAACAAUGUGCAGGAGAAUGACUACUGCUAUUGGGGUAGUGGGAAAUCCUAUCGAGGAACUAUCAAAACAAGCGUCAGUGGAAAGCCGUGUUUGCAGUGGUCUCAUCACUUCAACCUUCAGAUUUCUGAUUAUCCCGAAUUAGCCGGACGUCAUUCUUACUGCCGAAAUCCGGGCGGGAAAGAGUCUCAACCAUGGUGUUACGUCGACGUCAAUAAGAGAAUGCAAAAGGAGUUUUGCAAUAUACCUAAAUGUGUUGAGAAUUUGUGGAUUUACGCGGUCGUUGGGUUUGUAAUAAUGGGAGGUUUCGUUACCAUAUUCAUAUGUUAUUGCUGCUGCUAUAGAAGUAGAAAAUCCAGAAGACAGAUGAAUCACUUACCGUCGAAUAAAAUGUUAACUGGUAUCCAGUGUGAUAAGAACAUAUACGAUGGAAGAAGAAGCACGACACAACCCAUGGAAAUGAGUUCUCUUUUGGCAGGGCCUGGUAAUACGACACCGGGCACCGGUACCCUUAGCAGUGGUAGUAGCAGAACUUCUAAUAAUAGGAUACCCCAAUUUACUACAAAUAACGUCGUGCUCUUGCAAGAACUUGGCGAAGGUGCAUUUGGGAAAGUUUACAAGGGCGAGCUGCAGACCGGUAAUAAAUGCGAACCACCCAUUUAUGUAGCGGUGAAGACACUGAAAGAAAAUGCGACUCCAAAAACUCAAAGCGACUUCAAACGAGAAGUUGAUCUCAUGACGGACCUGAGGCAUCCGAAUAUUAUUUGUCUGCUUGGCGUGAUAUUGAAAGGCGAGCCGAUGUGUAUGCUCUUCGAGUACAUGACUCAAGGAGAUUUACAUGAAUUUUUAAUCUGCCAUUCUCCGAGAUCAGACGUACCGUUGAACAACAGCGGCGGAAAAAUUUUAGAGCAACCGGAAUUCUUGCAUAUCGCGUUACAAAUUGCAUCAGGCAUGGAAUAUUUGGCUAGCCAUCACUACGUCCACCGCGACUUGGCAGCACGAAAUUGCCUAGUAGGCGAUAACCUAACAGUCAAAAUCUCAGACUUCGGUCUAUCGCGAGACAUAUACAGCAGCGACUAUUAUAGAGUUCAAUCGAAGAGUCUGUUACCCGUUCGAUGGAUGCCGCCCGAGUCAAUUCUUUAUGGCAAAUUCACCACUGAGUCGGACGUGUGGAGCUUCGGGGUUGUGCUUUGGGAAAUCUACAGCUACGGCUUGCAGCCGUACUACGGAUACAACAAUCAAGAAGUUAUUGACAUGAUUCGCUCACGACAGCUGUUACCAUGUCCCGAGGACUGUCCUACGAUGAUUUACAGCCUGAUGAUCGAGUGUUGGCACGAAGUGGCGAAUCGCAGGCCUCAAUUCCCGGAAAUCCACCAUCGCCUACAUAAUUGGUACAUAAAUCAGACAUAUUUGAGCGACUUUUGUAACGAGUCGAUCACCAGUUACUCCGGCAGCAGUCACAAAAGCACGAACAAGACCAACUCGACACAGCUGUCGGCACCUAUAUACAAGAGCGAUCAGAAAACUGGUACGGAGCCGCCGGCGGUCUGCAAUCUGAACGAUCAUAGUAACUCAUUGAAGAUGCUACCGCCGCCAACGACCUUUCCGAACUCUAACUGCAUCGAGCAGAGGCCGAAUUGCGCUUUCAACGAACACGGAACGCCGAUGAAAACGCCUAAUUAUCAGAAUCCCACCACGAAUAUCAAUCUAAAUGACGUUUACGACGACAAGCAGUGCUGUUCGCCAAAAUUGAGCGGCGCAAAGAAGGUCUUACCCGCGGUGCCUCAGGUGGGCGGCAAGCCAAACGUGCCCAACAACGGCAGACCGAUGCAAAACGGCGCGCAAUUGGUCGUCAGGUUACCAGAUCCCAGUAAAGUCACGACCGAGACCAGGGUAUCGAAGUGAGUACACGCGUUCGAGAACAUGCGACGUCUCGUUCGUUUGCUGCGACUGAUCAUUGUCUGAGCAUCGAUAACAGCAUAUGCGCAUCCUCGCGCUACUGAUAAUAUUUUUUCGGUGCAGUAACGGUAUUUCGUGCUUGAUUAGCGAUAUUUGUCGAUAAAUUGAGCUAUUGAAAAGCGAUCACUACACAAGUUGAAUACAAUUCACAUACGCCUCGGAUAAUCGAGAUAUACCGAAAUGUAUCAGACUGUGGUAUCACAUCGACUAGUUACUACUGCUAUUUUACUCGGUUUUUUUUAUAUAUAUAAUUAAGAUACCGACAAAAUAUCGUUAACGCAUUACGGAGCAUCGUUGCAGGAUAGAUACAAGUAACACUCAACCACUGCCAUAUACGUGUAUCUCUGCGCUAUCAAUGAAUACUUUUUCGGGACAAACAGAAUAGAUACAAAUAACAUUAAUCACUGCCAUAUAUGUGCAUUUAUUUAUUUUUACGAAUAUACGCGUAUUUUAUAUUGCCUUUUACUUUGAAUGUCUGUAAGCGUCUCACGUAACACGGUAGCUUAACGCGUACAUACGCAAGACAUAAAUGUCCUGCCCUAACAUGAUUCUAUUCGCGACUUUACCCAGGACAAGAUAAAAUUUAUAAAGUAUAUUUAUACCUUUCUAUUUUUACGAGAAAAUCGAGAUAUUUAUGGUAAGAAAUUAUUUAUGGUUUAUCCGUAAGUUGUACAAGAAGCAACAAACGAUUAGUGAAUCAUUAUUGCUUCUAUUCCACAAAAAAGAACAGAAAGCAGAAUACGUUAUCGACAAGGGUUGAUAUUUUUAUUAAACUAAUUAAUCAUUAAAACUGACAUUAAAAAUCCGUGUUUAAUCAUGCAUGCUCUGUCUAAAGAGUAUAAUAUUGUGUGGAAUACUGUUAUGCUCUAUACAAGGUAUACCCUAUGUGGAUCCCUAUGUGAAUCAUGUUUUUGAAUAAUCUUUACACAACUGUUCAAAAAGAUUUGUAUGCGAGCACGUGCGACCGCAUAUAUAUUGUAAUAAGCAGAAAUGAGAGAGUGAGAUUGAGUGAAAAUGACGAAAAGUAUGCAUGUUAAGUGUGUCUUAUGAAUGUGCGUUAAGAUGUUUUUAAAAAGCAAUUUUUAUAAUCAUCAUAUCGUAUGCCAAAACCUGGAUAGUGAAUAUUGAUUGUUAACAAAAAGAGAAAGGUAUUCAAUUUGUACAUUUUCAUAAUAAUUGCACACGUAUUUUUAUCUGUAAAUCUCUUUGAGGUCGCUCUUUUAUUGGAAAAACGUAAUUUAUUGCUGCAAAUGUACUAUAUAUAUACGUUAAUCGAAAGAUAUUUUAUUUAAAUAUAUGCAGAACGCUCUUCUAAUAUUCUUCUCAGUCUUUUUCUGAGUGUACACUCGUUUGCAUAACGGUUUGCUCGCGUUCUUUCCAAUCAUGUUAGAAGUGCGUUAAAUGCUCACAAUUGUAAGAUAUCUUUAUAUGUUGUAAAAUUUUUUUUGAGAAUUUUUUGUGCCUUUUGACACUUUUAAUAGAAGAUGAUAAAAAAUAUAUCUGAGAAAUUGACAUACUUUUUUUUCUCGAGACUGAGGAGGAUACGCAGUCGAAGUGCAUGAGAGUAAAUUAAUUUAUUAUAGUUCAUGGCUUCCCUAUGUCACUGCGUAUUUUAAGUAUCCACAGAUACUUGAUAUUAGUAUGUCAGGAAUGCCAUUAGAUUUUCAAUUACGGCUUUAUUUCUCGAGAUAUUUUAGUUAAAAGUACGAUCACAAAAACUCUAGAAAAGUUGAUAGCGUCGCGAUCGUCAUAUAUCAUGAACAUAGUCAUCCUCGAAGGAUAUUCAUCUUUAUGUAUAUUGACGUCGCGACGCUACUACGUCACUUGAUAAUUGUACACCGCAAUUGUAACGAGUGAGGUGAAAUUUAUCACGGCAAAAUGCCUCGAAUGCUUGUUAUUUUUCUCAGUCGCGUGCUCCAAAGUAAUCCCAGACCUCGAAGAUGCGAAUGACUGAAAUUCGAUGCUCGUGAACAUUCGGCGAUAUUAAAUAGAGAACUGUCUCAGAGCGUUCGUAUGUAAAUUAUAUGUUAUUCGUGUAUAGGACGUAGUAGUACGUACAUCCUGACAAGCGCUAAAAUACUGCUUGCGUCGAUCCUCGAUCGAUCAUCUAUCUGAUCAUCCGACGAUAAACUUCGCGAAAUCGAUGCCCGCUCUCAACCGAAGUAACAAAUAUUAACGCUGAGCGAUUAGGUAGCGGAGAUGUAGAAUUGAAAAAGAAAAGCAUCUGAAGGAAAACUGUAUUAUACUUUUUGUAAUUUUUUAUUAACGAAGAAAGAGCGUUCCGUUCGCGUUGGCGUGAAAAUGUGAAUGAAAAAGAAAAGAAGACUGGAUUUAAUAAAUACUGACUCAUCCCGAGGACUUUUAGCUGCCACGUUCGUUGACUGGAUGUGUAUGAUCGCGAUGAUCAGAGAGUGGCGUGAAAAUGCUAUUGAUUUAAAGAUAAGAAUUUCUAAAACUGACGAACCUCCGAAUCGAAAUUUGUAUCGACUGAUAAUCCCGACCGCCUCGAAGGUUUGCCACGGAGACCUUAGACCUAAGUUAAUUUAUGUCGAGUAAACUCUUCAGCGAAGAAUUAUACACUUAAGAACUUUAUAUAUAUUCAGUCAAGUAUAAUAUACAUUUCAUGUUUUUCGUAUAA